UAAAGUCCUGAGAGUCUGCAGCCACAUCUGGAUCAGCUGCGCCGCAGAUAUUUUCAGGGGCUUCGUAGCGUCAGUCGAGUCUCAUCAUGCCCUCCCUGACAGAUAUGAGCUGGAUUAUCUUCUGCCUCCUUUCGUUGUGUGAGAGACCAACAGCUCAAAGUGCAGACGAGUCCUGUUCCCUGGACGGUCCAGUCGGGUCAGAACACCCUGUUCAGGGGCUGCUGGAGCGGUUUGAGGCCGGACCGGGCUGCGCUGCUAGAGAGCACGGAAACAAGGAAACUCACGUGGUGGCGUUGGGAAGAGUGACAGACAGCCCUGAGGGCAAGGUGACGGUGCUGCUGAAGCCUUUGCCUCUGUCCUCCUCCCCACUCAGACCCGUCCAGCUGGUGCUCAGCUCCAAAGUCCCGGUCACCUGGUUGCUGGAGUCUGAGCAGCUGCCGUCCAACCUCUCAGUGCUGGUGCAGGUGUCUGCAAGCUCUAGCGUGCGGUCAUACACUCUCCAUUUGCGCGUUCAGACUGUUCCUUCAGUACCUUUACGCCCCCUUGCCCUGCACCGCUGGGCCCUGAAGCACCAUGGCAACCUGUCCUCUAUGACGCACGCUACACAUGGCAACCGUGUCUACAUCCGACUGGGAGAGGAUUCGACCCUGCCUGCCGUGUGCCGACUCCAGUCCAUGUUCGUCUCCCACAACUACCUGACCUCUGACCUGCAGCCACAGGAAGUGCGGGGCUGCGCCUACGCCCCCGUGGAAGGAGACGGUCCUGAAGUCCAUGUGAUCAGGCUCCAUUCAGCCGGCUCAGGGCUGUGUGGCUUUCUCCAGGUGGAGGUCAUUGUCUCUCUCCUGCCUCCCGUUGCCAGUUUAAAGGCACAAAAGGUGGUGCUGAUCCUCAGCAGCUCGGUGCCGGUCAACUGGGCGAUAGUUGCUCACGGUGUCCGCGGUCAGAUCUCUGUUCAUUCUUCUAACAGUAUUUCUCCACCCUAUCCACCUGAGCCUGGCCUAACCCUGUCCAGCGCACUCAACUCUGACCUGUCUACCAUAUCUGACCUUCUCGCCUGGGCCAGGGAGUGCGGCUACAGAAAGGUGACGUCAUACACUGAGGCUGACUUGGCAAAUCGCUUUGUGAUCCAGCUAGCUGAGGGUGGGACAGAUGAGAUGGCAGUGGGGAAUUUUCUGCAAGUGAGGCCUCCUUGGGCAGAGGGGCGCAAGCUGAGGCAGUGGCUGAUUACUGGAGGCAGAGCAGCAGGAGGCCGAGGGAGUUUCACAGUGAGCUGCGAUGAUGGACGCCUCAGCGUGACCGUGGACCAACUCAUCCUGCAGAGAUUGUCUCCCGCAGUCGCUGCCGUGACUCUUCGGGACACGACAUGCCAGGCUCAGUCCAAUGGGAGCCAUUUCCUGUUAGUGUUCCCAGUGAUUUCCUGUGGGACAGAGGGCCUGCUUUUGGGAGAGCCCAGAGGGGUGCAGUAUACAAACACGGUGUUACUCUGGAAAGACAAGCCUCAGACCACGGUGGCUCUCACUGGGACGGAAAAAUCCAAACGUCCACUCAGCAUACAUUUUAGUUGCUUAGCUGCCAUCUCCAGCCACCCCAGCCUCCCAAAUCCUACUGCUGUUAAUGAGAAGGUGAACUAUCCUCAGAUGGGACUGGUCCCAUGGGCGUCACGGGGUCCAGUGUCCAGUCCAGGACUCGGGAACAAACCACGUCCCCGACACAGAUCUGGUCCUGCUCUUACUUUGGAGAUUUUUGUCACUGAGAACUAUGAGCAGAUGCAGAAUAGGCCCUGCAUCAUCACUGCUGAGCGGCGUGUCUACGUUCAGAUUUCAGCCAAACCGCCCCUUGCAGAUGUCAUACAAGUGAAAUCAUGUGUCAUAUCCCCGGGGUCCGACCCCAAAAAAUCCCCCUUCUGGACCUUGAUAAGCAACGGCUGUUCCUCCGACCCCUCGUUGAUGCUCAGCACAAAGACAGAAGACGAGGAGGAGGAGGAGGAGGAGGAGGAGGAGGAGGAGGAGGAGGAGGAGGAGGAGGAGGAGGAGGAGGAGGAGACUGAAGAGGAUGAUGAACUGGAACAGGAGAAGAGUGAGGUGGAGGAACCAGAGAGAGGCGGAAAUUCCCACAAAGCAAGAAGAGGCGCAGGCAUAGACAAAAGCACCCGACGAAAAGGAAAAACGGAGGAGGCGCAGAAUUUAAGAUUUAGUUUCAUCCUGAAGCCGGUUUAUAACAACUCUAUGCAGUUCCUCCACUGCAGUCUCCGCAUGUGCGUCUCUGACUCAACAGGAAGAGAAAACUUGAAGGAGGAAAUUAAGAAUGACUGCCAGGGUGGGACACGCAUCCCUCCACUUGUAUCUAGAUCACGAAGACAUCAGUGCGAGACCAGAAACCUCUCCAGACCCAUGGUGGUCACCCAUCCUAUUAGUUCACUGGCGCCCAAAGUGCGGGCUCCCGGUGGUCAGAGGACCAAGAGGCUCAGUUUCACUCCAGAAGCCUCUGCAGGCCUAAAGCAUGCACACCCUCUGGUGCAGACGGGGCCGGUGAUGGGAAUCGUGUUUGCAGCGUUUGUGAUGGGGGUCAGUCUGAUGGGGGCGAUAUGGUGCAUCUAUAAUCACACAGGCGGACGCCCGGUGUAUUUGGGAGAGAGUUAUUUGACAGACCAGACUUGUGGGGGCCACAGCGUCUGGAAUCCUCCCUCCCCGCCUGAUCAGUCCUCCAGCUCUGUGUAGAGACACCAAGAUUUCCUUCUGCAAAUCUGAGAGAGAAGAACUGGGACACGGGUUCUACCAGCUGUGUGUGUGUGUGUGUGUGUGUGUGUGUGUGUGUGUGUGUGUGUGUGUGUGUGUGUGUGUGUGUGUGUGUGUGUGUGUGUGUGUGUGUGUGUGUGUGUGUGUGUGUGUGUGUGUGUGUGUGUAGGGAGCCGUUUUCUGCACCGCUCUUCUCGUGAAUAUUGUUGAUGCUGUGCAGCAGAGUUAAAUGAGGCCAGAAACCCUAAAUACAGUAGAAGUUACUCAUGGCAGCGGUCUGCAGGGCCAGAUGUUUUGAUUCAAACUGAGAUGUGACUUGUUUGAUGUUUGCGAGCCAUUCUGCCCCCACAUCACCUCAGAAGUGGCAGCGGACACGGAAAGGAAGCUUAUGUGGAUGCAGUUGCAUCUAAACAUGUUUGGAGUGACUCAAACAGAAAGUACCCAGUCGUUGCCGCCGUGAAAUCUUUGUGUCCGUGUGGUUAACAAGAUGUGUUAAAUGAACUGAGGUCUAAUCGACUUGGUUUUUGUUUUGCAUUUCAAAUCAAAUAGUGCUCAAAUAAAACAAAGGAAUUGUAUGUGUUUUGAUAAUUGACAUGUUGUAAUGUGCUGGAUGUUGUAUUCUUGUAUUUCUGUGAAACAUUAAUAAAGGAUUGUGAGGCUC